GAGCUUCGCUAAUAAACAUGAGCCCCGCUCUGGCGCUGCUUCCUCCUCUCUCUCUAUCUAAUCUCUCUUCUUUUAAAGCGGCCAUUGGAGCUCUCCAAGUUCCAUCUCAAGCUUUACUUGUGUUAUUGGAAUUGAAAAGGGUGAAUACAGGAUCUUGAUUAAUAAAAAUGGAAACUGAAGAUGAUUUGUGCCAGCAGACCAAUUGGGGAAGCUCUUCUUCUAAAUUGCAGGAGCAGGGUUCAUCAGACGGUGGAGGAAACCAAGCUUUCUCGGGGUUUACGUCGGAGCAGAAGUGGGAGGAAGCUUCGAUCUUGGACUAUGAGAUGGAUGGUGUGGAGCCUGAUUUGCAAGUUUUCGAUGAGAUGAAAGCUUCAGGGGAAGAGAACGUUCAAGCUAAUGUUGAUUUCCUGCAAGGAGUGAGGGCUCAAGCGUGGGAUCCGAGUACUAUGUUGAGUAAUUUAUCUUUUAUGGAGCAGAAGAUUCACGAGCUGCAGGAACUUGUUCAUCUGCUUGUUGGCCGAGGUGAGCAGGUUCAAGGUUGUCAAGACGAGUUAGCGGCGCAGCAGCAGCAGCAGCUUAUAACUACGGAUCUUACUUCCAUAAUCAUUCAGCUGAUUUCAACUGCAGGUAGUCUUCUUCCAUCUGUUAAGCAUAAUAUGUCAACAGCACCGGGUCCAUACACUGGGCAGCCCGGUUCAGCCAUGUUCCCUUGUGCAAGGGAGGCUAAUAACGUUGCUUCACAGAGCCAAAACAAUAACAACUGUGGUGCUCAAGAGUUCGAUUUGCCUAAGGCGGUUGUUGUUGAUGAGAGAGAAAGCCAUGUUGUGGAGGAACAUGAAAUGAAAGACGAAGAUGAUGCGGAGGAAGGGGAGAACCUUCCUCCGGGUUCAUACGAGAUAUUGCAGCUUGAGAAAGAGGAGAUCCUCGCACCGCAUACCCACUUCUGCACCAUAUGUGGCAAGGGUUUCAAGAGAGACGCGAAUCUGAGGAUGCACAUGAGAGGGCACGGAGACGAGUACAAAACAGCAGCCGCUCUUGCCAAACCGAACAAAGAAUCCAUACCCGGGUCUGAACCGAUGCUGAUCAAGAGGUACUCCUGCCCAUUCCUGGGUUGCAAACGUAACAAGGAGCACAGAAAGUUCCAGCCUUUGAAAACGAUUCUAUGCGUGAAGAACCACUAUAAACGCACCCACUGCGAUAAAAGCUUCACUUGCAGCCGGUGCCAUACCAAGAAGUUCUCUGUCAUAGCAGACCUGAAAACCCACGAGAAGCACUGUGGGAAAAACAAGUGGCUCUGUUCCUGUGGUACAACAUUUUCAAGGAAAGACAAGCUAUUUGGUCACAUAGCUCUGUUCCAGGGACACACGCCUGCAAUUCCUAUUGAAGAGACAAAACCUUCAGCCAGUUCAUCUACUCAGAGAGAGAAUUCUGAAGGCGGGAACAACAACCAAGGAAUGGUUGGCUUCAAUCUCGGUUCUCCAUCUAAUGCCAACCAAGAAACCGCACAGUUUGGAAUGAUGGAUGGGAAUAUAAGUUUCGAGGAUUCUUUCUCCCCCAUGAACUUUGAAACAUGUAGUUUCGGAGGGUUCCAUGAUUUCCCGCGACUAAUGUUUGAUGAUUCAGAUAGUUCAUUUCAAACGCUUAUUGCAAAUACCUGUGGUUUCUCCUCUCCCAGGAAUGUUGGUGAGUCUGUUUUAGAUACUAGUAUCUAAGGCAUUUCAAUAUAUGACAAGUAUUAAGUUAUGUUAGAUGUUUCUAGUUUUUUAGUCUUUAAGCAGCUUUUUGUGUCUGUAAUUUGUUUUCUCUGGAAUAAAAUCAGGAAAGCAAAAAGUGGAUUUCCUUUUCAAAUUCU